AGAAAUUUUAUUUUGGUAGAAAUAAAAUAAAAAAAACAAAAACCCGCUACUGCGUCGGUCCUCUCGGAGCGAAGCAGCAGAGGCGAAUCGUUCCUCGAUCCUGGUACUCGAUUUCCUUUCUCUGUCCCAACUUCAUUUUAGGUUAAUGUGCAUACGAUUCAUCGUUUCAACAAGUACGUUCUUUUUUGUACUUGCAAACUUAGUGUUUGAUGAAAUGCUUCAAUGACAUCUUCUUUUGAACUGAAUGCCACUUAUGGUCAGUAAAUACCUCUGGACAAAUUUCCAAUUAAAAUGGUUGAGAUUACUUUUCUUUAACAUGGGCAAGUCACAGGAAUUUAAACAAUCACUGUAAAUAUCAAAAUUAUAUGCUUCAGAUUCUCUUGAUAAUCAAGUGUGGUUUUUGUCCCAUUGUUUCGUUUUUUACUUCUAGUCUUGCAAAGUUUGCAAAGGUCACCCAACAAGAUACUUAUAAUAUUUAUCUGAUAAAAUUACAUCGAUGGAUGAUUUCACUGAUCUCUUAUGCGGUUGCUUGGCAUAUAAGUAGAUGACUGGAUCUGUGAUUCAUUGUGGGUGGAUGUUCCCCCAAUUGACGAGCUUUGUCCCUGGCCGAUUGUGCACUAGUUAUGCUGCCAUUGCAAGGCCGAAUUGUCAUUCAUUUGGAAGACGAAAGUCAUACCUCCUCACCACCAAUUGCUUCAGCGAUGUGGCCGCGGUGACCAUUGCCAGUGAUCACAACUAUGGUAAUAAGCAAGUUAUUAGCAUUACUCCGAGGGUAUAUGACUACUUGUUGACAAACGUUAGAGAACCAUCGAUUCUGCGAGAACUUAGAGAGGAGACCGCAACCAUGCACGGGAGUCAAAUGCAGGUAUCACCUGAUCAAGCACAACUACUUGCAAUGCUUGUCCAGAUUCUUGGGGCAAAGAGAUGCAUUGAAGUUGGAGUAUAUACUGGAUACUCGUCGUUGGCUGUUGCUCUAGUGCUACCAGACUCAGGGAUCCUAGUUGCUUGUGAGAGGGACAAGAACUCUCUUGAGGUUGCAAAAAGGUAUUAUGAUCGAGCGGGUGUUCCACACAAGGUGGAUGUAAGACAUGGACUAGCUGUGGAUACUCUGAACUCAAUGAUAGAGAAUGGGGAAGGUUGCAGCUACGAUUUCGCGUUUGUUGAUGCCGAGAAAAGAAUGUAUCACGACUACUUUGAGUUGCUGCUAAAACUGGUGAGAGCAGGUGGUGUUAUAGUAAUUGAUAAUGUGCUUUGGCAUGGAAAAGUUGCGGAUCCGCUGGUUAAUGACAAAAAAACCGAGAGCAUAAGAAGUUUCAACAGAGCUUUAUUGGAUGACGAGCGUGUUAGCAUUAGUAUGGUGCCAGUUGGUGACGGCAUGACGAUAUGCCGUAAGAGGUGAUUUUUCGUAUGCUUAAAGAAACAAUCAUAAAAGAAUCUCCAAGGACCUUCCAGCUCCAGCAAAUCCAUCGGUCAUUAAGUUUCAUGCAACAAGCAGAAAAGGAUUUUCUAGUUUAUUACCAGUAACGGAAGGUGCUUUACCCUGGGUUGAUGACCGAAGUCACUAGACGGCUAAAAGCCAGACUCGAUGUCUACGUCAGAGUAUCCCCUGGGUAUAAAGACUUGUUGCAGAUCGUGGUCCUGAAUUUGAGGUCCUAGAAGACAAGAUGGAUUGUAAACCCCAGCGAGAUGCAUUGUAGUACUUUUGAACAUGGAGUAGUUGCAUGGUCCAAUAAAUUAAAUCCUUCUUUUGUCUACUUUCAUUUUUCUUAACUAAUUUCUCAACAUCAAGUC